UGUGACACGUAAUCCAGCUGUUUGCGGGUCCGCUGCGCCUCCAUGUGCGUCCGAUCAUCUGCGGUGAUUUAAUACGUGCAGCGUGGAUGAAUGAGAUGGAAACCAUGGCAACGGAUUUAGCCGCAGGAACUUCAUCAUCUGAUCGUCCCAAAGGAAAAAGUGGUGAUGAGAAGGGAAAAGCGAGGACACUCACUCAGCCCAGGAGCAGAAUGGCAUGUCUGUUUGGUUUCGAGAAGGAGGAUCUGACUUCCUGGCACCGGUUCGUGUGUCUUCUGAACCGGCCGACUGACCCAGCGUCGCUUGGCAUCUUCCGCUGCCUCUUUGGUCUGCUCAUGGCGUUAGACAUCACACAGGAGCGAGGACUCAGUCACCUGGACCAUAAAUACCUGGACGGGGCGCCGGUGUGCCGCUUCCCCCUCUUCAAUUUCCUGGAGCCGCUGCCCAUGGACUGGAUGUACCUCGUCUACCUGCUCAUGUUCCUCGGUGCUGUUGGCAUCAUGCUCGGCUGUUUCCACCGUCUCUCCUGUCUGACGUUCAUCGCCACCUACUGGUACGUUUUCUUCCUGGACAAAACGACCUGGAACAACCACUCGUACCUGUACGGCCUGAUCGGCUUCCAGCUCACGCUCAUGGACGCCAACAGAUACUGGUCCCUGGACGGACUGCGUGACCCUAAGAAGAGGAACAAACACGUACCGCUGUGGAACUACACCCUGCUCCGGACUCAGAUCUUCAUCGUGUACUUCAUCGCUGGAGUGAAGAAGCUGGAUGCUGAUUGGGUGGAGGGCUAUUCCAUGAAAUAUCUGGCUCAUCAUUGGCUGUUCGAUCCUUUCAAGGUGAUCCUGCCGGUGGAGCUGGUCAGUCUGAUGGUGGUACACGGCGGGGGUCUCAUCCUGGACCUCACCGCCGGUUACCUGCUGUUUUUCGACGCCACGCGUCCGGUCGCCAUCUUCUUCAUCAGUUACUUUCACUGCAUGAACUCGCAGCUCUUCAGUAUCGGAAUGUUUUCCUACACCAUGCUGUCCACGAGCCCGCUGUUCUGCUACGCCGACUGGCCCAGACGACUCUUCGGCCGUUUCCCAGAGUUCCUGCAGCCUGUCCUGCCCCUGAUCUCGCCCCCGCCUGAGCCCAGCCCCUCCUGUGUGUACCCCGGACCAGCGGGCGGCUCGGACCGGCAGCCGGAGAAGCGCGGCGUAUCUAAACCCUCCACCAUGCGCUUCAGACACAAGCUGGCCGCCGUCUUCACCGUCAUCUACAUCGCAGAGCAGCUCUUCCUGCCGUACUCGCACUUCAUUACCAAGGGCUACAACAACUGGACUAACGGACUGUACGGUUACUCGUGGGACAUGAUGGUUCACUCGCGAUCCCAUCAGCACGUGAAGAUCACCUAUAAAGACGGAGUGACCGGAGAAAUCGGCUACCUCAAUCCUGGGGUUUUCACUCAGAGCCGGAGGUGGAAGGAUCACGGAGACAUGCUGAAGCAGUACGCCACCUGCCUGAGCCGAAAUCUGCCCCGCUACAACAUCAGCGAGCCCCAGAUCUACUUCGACAUCUGGGUGUCUAUAAACGAUCGCUUCCAGCAGCGGAUAUUCGACCCCCGCGUGGACCUGGUGAAGGCCGACUGGUCUCCGUUCCGGACCAACCCCUGGCUCAUGCCUCUGCUGGUCGACCUGUCGCCGUGGAGGAAGAAGUUCGAGGAGAUCGAGGGGACGCUGGACAAUCAGACCGAGCUGGUCUUCAUAGCCGACUUCCCAGGUUUGAACCUGGAGAACUUUGUGAGCGAGGAUCUGGGGAACACCAGCGUCCAGGUCCUGCAGGGCAGCGUGAAGGUGGAGGUCGUGGACGAGGAGAAGAACUACACACUCGGUCCAGGAGAGAAGAUGCAGCUUCCGGCCGGGGCGUAUCAUAAAGUAUACACGGUGACGGACACGCCCUCCUGCUACAUGUACGUGUACGUGAACACCACCGAGGCGGCGCUGCAGAGGAACUUCACCAAACUGCUGGAGCUUCAGGAGAGAGUCCGCAACGGCACAGAGACCGAGCCUCUUCCUCCAGAGCUGCAGCCUCUUCUCACCGGCGCAGAGGAGGAGAAUUCGGAGGUUAACGCCACCGACCCGGUGCUGCGACUCUUCCUGAAGCGUCAGAAGCGCAUGGAGGAGAAAAAGAAGAGGCGAGAGGCGCCGGUGCUCGAGAGGUUCGAUCGGUUCCUCACAAAGAAGUACUACAUGAUCCGACGAGGGUUUUUGAUGACGGCCAUCGCCAUGAGGAACCUGGCGUUCGGUCUGCCACCGCUGGAGCAGCUCAGGAGGGAGGUGGAAUACGCCAACAUGAGGGCGCCCGAGACGGACCCCCGGCAAAUGGAACAGCUCAAAGACGAGGCGGGGCACGCCGAGCUGUGAUCACGCCGACCGGAGCAUUCGGAACAUUCCUGACGGAUUUGUGACUGUUUUAGGAUGCGAUUCGUUUGAUCAGUAUUCACAGCAACACUAAAUUCAGUUCCAGUCUUUUAAUAUUUAAUGAAGAGUCAGAAAUAGGUUUUGUUUACGUUAUAAAUGAUAAUUAACAUGUCGCCUGGGUGCAAUGCUGGAAAAUCUGAGACCGGGCCGCCUCCUGACACGGCCGAUCGUCUGCGUAGACGCCCGGUGGGCUGAUAGCACCCCUGAGAUUAUAAAUCAUCCAGACGUUUGACCGCAUGGAUUCCGAUUUAAAGCUUUAAUUCUGACACUGUUACACACGAUGCGAACCUUAAACUCUGAGGUCGUUCCUGUAAAGCCUGAUCUCCUGUGCUGCUGUUUUGUAUCUUUAUUCCACGAGUUUUUUACAUUAUUGAGGUUGAACUGGGCCGCUGAAGGAAGAAAAUCCCUUUUAAUAAUUUACAUGAGAAGAUGGAAUGAUGUGAAUAAGAAAUGGCUGAUUUGUUUGUAUGGUAAUUUUUUUUAAAUAAUUAAAAAUAAAGAAGCUUUGCAUUGA